UGGAAGUUUUCUGUUUAUAGUCCCAGUCAAUACGUCUGUGUUGGUUUGCCCCUUUUUACAUUCUAUGAAAAAAAUGGUUUCUUCUGGUCAAACAUAUUCGUUGGCUUUGUUCUGUUUUUGAACAUCCUUUUUAUACACAAAUCAAUCUCUCUGUAUUAGAAAUGAACCAUUUUUUUUUUAAUUAUAUUACCACCCCCUACAACGAAUUCCCGUAGCUUCCCCUCAAAUUAGAUCUCGGUGAAAAAAAACUAGAGAAACUUGAAGACAAUUGUUACGAUCUUACCAAGUAAGGCGUUCUUCUGUGGAUAAAAAGUGGUUCAAAAAUAAAAAGAUGAAUCAUUGCAACCUUCAGCAGAACGCCUUCAUGUCGUCCCCUGACGAAUCCAGAGGAUUUGUUGUUCCUGUCUCUUCCGUUGUUUGUCCUAAGCCUCGUCGCGUUAGCAUCCUCUCCAACAAGGCUCUUCAUCUGUUUAGAUCACAUCCUAGUCAGCCAGGAGCAGCUGAUGUAUGUGAUUCUCAAGCCGGGGCAGAUCUUUUGGACAUCAUUCGUAGAAAGGAAGAAACAUUAUCUGGUGUAGCUUCAUCGCCUCCAUUUUUCCUCGGGUCUCCCCCAAGCAGAGUAUCAAACCCAUUAGCUCAAGAUGCACGAUUUGGAGAUGAAAAACUCAACCCUGUCUCCCCCUCGCUCUCACCAUUCCUUACAUCUCCAUCUCCAUCGCCAUCUCGUGUCAAAGGAGGAGGUUGUGGUGGUCGAGUGAAGUUUGGGCUCAAACCGGCAGCUGUUAGAGUUGAAGGAUUCAACUGCUUUAACAGGGACCGCCAAAGCUCAAACAUAUCUGCCAUGGCUUAGAAGAGGAAAGAAGAAAGGAACAGAGAUUCACAAAGUGUAAAUAAAAUUCCAAAAUCAAGACUAUAAAUCUUUGAAGAUCUGUCUACAACACCAGUUAAGGCUUUUUGACCACAGUUUUCUUUAACUUUGAGGUCAAUAUUUGUGUAUAUAUACCGUAACAACAAAGAUGUGUUUAUUGAGUCUCGUUGUAACAUAUUAAAACCAAUUUGGAGUCUCUUUGUUCCUUUUCUUUUUGUCUGUAUAAAAGCUUGUAUAUUUAACGUUUCCCUCUGUAUGGAGAUUCUCAAUCUUUGUAAAAUGUAACUUCGAUAAAUAUGAAUGCUCUUUGUAUUA